AUGUUUCUUCCGGAGGAGCUCGAAGCGCCCGUUUUGAUUAUUGAUACGAAUCUAGGGCCAACAUGGGGUUUUGUUUUAGUAAUGAGCUUCAUCAGUGUGGCCCUUUGGGGCAUCACUUGCGCCCAAGUGUACUUCUACUAUUCUAACUAUCCAAAAGACGCUGCGUAUGUGCGAUUUACGGUCAUAUGGCUAUGCCUAUGUAGCACUACUCCUACCGAACCCUACAGUACAGAACUUGGAGGCGCCACUUAUGCAGCACUAGUGGAUAUCAUAAUCUCAUGUUCUCUCAUCUUGUACCUUCGAGUCAAACGCGUAGAAAAUGCGUCAGGACGGAAUAAGCGUAUGGUUCGACAUUUAAUUCUCCUUUCACUUAUCACGGGAUCGUGGUGUGCAUUCAACUCACUGGCAGUCGUAAUGGCGUUCGCCAUAUGGCCAACGAAUCUUGUCUACUUUGGGAUCAUUAUUAUCACCAGCCCAGUAUACUGUAAUACCGUCCUCGCACACCUCAAUGCAAGCAACCAUUUUAGGGCACUGGUCUCUGCUGACCCAACCGACUGCCCUGAGGACCUAGAGGAUCUCAAUUUUACAUAG